AUGUCGACUUUCCGGUGGUGUGCUACUCCUGGCGGCCGUGUUGCCCCUUGCACCGAUUGUGCCGUCGAAUUUUCUCGUUGCAUCGGUUUGCUGCAAAGGUGUUUCAGCUGCCGCUUCAGCACCACAUUCCUGGGAAGCCCAUCUGCGCACAGAGCACUUGCAGGUAGAGCCAAUCUGGCUGCCCGGCGCCACAUCCCGCCAAGACAGGUAUGUCUAUAUGCGACCAAAGCAGAACAGGCAUUCGAAGACUUCAAGGAGAUGAAGAAGGACUAUGAUGCCAUGCUCAAGAGCCCGCAUCCUCGCAACGCCAAGCGUGUGGGCAACCAGGUGUGGUUCGAUGUGUCUCUUACUCUUCCCUUGGGCCUGGCUUUAGAUACGAGCUGGGACAAGGAGGCGGUCGGAGUCAGUCAAAUCACUGAGGGUGGCAGUGCUUUCGAGCACAACGAGCGGAUCUUGGGCAAGGAUCCUGACGAGCAGAAGAUGUGGAUUCAGCCUGGCGACAGGCUGUUGAUGUUGAAUGGGCAGAAGGUCAAGACCCAGGAGGAUGUGGUCGGCAUCGUCUCCAAGCUCCAGCAGGGAGACAAGGUCAUCCUUAAGCUCGCGCGCCAAGCUCGUGGACCCAUUCAGGUGAUUUUCCCCGAGCCCGCUGAGCCUGUCGUCGUGCGUCCCAGCGCGAAGCUUCAAGACGCAGCGAGGGCGGCAGGUCACAAUGUAAUCUAUCGUUGUGAAGACGGCCUUUGUGGAAGCUGCUGGCAUGUCAGCGAGAAAACUGGAGACAUCUACCAGCUGUGCAUCGAGUCGGUCACGGCUUCCGAGCUGCCUAGCAAGGCACAAGCAGGAUUCAGCGAGCAAAUCGGCGGAGUUGUUCAGGCCUUGUCCGGCAACAAUGAGUGGGAACCGGGUACAUCUUGGGACAACACGGAGCCGCUGCGUCUACGUCCCUGCCCGGAGAUUUACGAGAAGUUCAUGAACCCACACAUGGGGAAGUGGCAAUAUAGUGCUGGUAAGUACUCGGUGACCCGUGAUGAUGAUGAUAACCUCAUCUAUGUCGAGAACAACAUUUCAGGCCUUCUUGUCGAGGAGGAUGACGAUGAUCCCAUGAACCGCUGGUUGACUGCGGACCUUGGUGAGAAUGGCCAGAUCAGGAUCAGGCUGAGCAAAUCUUUAGGCAUCUCUAUCGACAUGGAGUCGCAGUAUAAGCCAGCAGGCAGCGAUGAAUGGGGAGAAAUUCGAACGGCGUUCAAGUACUGA